UAUGAAGGUAUUUUUCUAUGUGUGACAAUGACUCCUGUUAUAAGAUAUAGCUAGGCUAGAAGCUGAUUAUAUAUUUUUUAAUUUGUUUGGUUUGCUUUUUAUUUGACUCUUUAGAACUUGGAAUAAAUUUCGAUUAAAAGAAUUAUACUGAUGUUCGUAUGAUACAAAACUUUUUUGAAAAUUUAUCAUACUCUGAAUCUACUUUCGAUUUACUUAAGGACGACACAAAAAAAUCCGGCCUAAAUUACUUCCUCAUUGAGAAAACGAAAGUAGAAUUUUAAAACGAAAUCGAAUGUACAGCUGUGUAAAGACUCGAAAUGGAAAGUUCAGCUUCAACAACUACCGGUAGUGACGCUUUGUAUUAUACACCCUGGAGGGAUAAAUCAGUCAAAUGGCAUCCAAGGAAACCAAACGUCCGCUUCAACCCGAAUGAAGAUUUUAUCACAAAUUUUGAGCAGAUUAUUAAAUUUUUAUUUGGAAAAAGGGAAGGCAAAGCUAUUGGACUAUUUAUGGCGGGACUUUUAUUGUCUUCAUUUGGACUGUCCCGUCUUGGCAGUCUUCUUGAAAUAAUUGGUUUUCUGUCGCUAUUCAGAGGAGCGACCAUAUUGCGUCUUUUGAAGAGAGUCCGGGCUUUGCAACCUGUGUUUGACUCACCGGUACUGAAACAGCUCAUCCAGAAUAUUGGAGAGGAAAAGACGAGAGAUUCGCUCAAACUGGAGAUUGAGAAUUAUGAACCUCUACAAGAUCUGCUUAAUGGUGAGGUACACUUUCCUCGUGCAAAUGUAUUACUGAUGGGUCCGAUUGGCGUAGGAAAGUCGAGCUUUUUUAACACCAUUAAUUCCAUCUUCCGAGGUAAAAUAUUCAAUAUUGCCAGAAGUGGAAGCUCGGAGCACAGUUUGACUACCAAGUUCCGGCGCUAUCCGGUCAUUUCUAGCAGCAGCAAUAAGGAGAUGGGGUUUUGUUUGUGCGAUGCAAUGGGGCUUGAACCAAAUCAUCUCAUGGCAAAAGAAAAUAUGAAGUACUUACUGGAGGGCCACAUACAAGAUAAGUUUCUGUUGGAUCCUAGUGGUUCAGUUUCUCCGGAUAUACCUGGAUUCAAGAAAAGACCAGUAUUAGAAGACCAGAUACACUGUGUUGCCAUAGUAUUAGACGCUAGCACAGUAGAUGCGGCAGACGCAAUUAAAGAUACGAUACAGAAUAUUAAAGAGAUGCAGACUGUGAUGAAUAGUAUGGAUGUUCCCCAGGUGGUCAUAUUGACCUGUAUUGACAAGGUGUGUAAACAGACAAAAAUUGAUGCAUCAAAUGCUUUGAAGAGCAAGCUGAUAGACAAAACUGUUGGAAAGGUUUCGGAGAUGUUAGGCUUACCACAGCACAAUAUAUUCCCAGUGAAGAAUUACGAGAAAGAGUGUGAACUAGAUCCAAAUAUAGACAUUCUGGCUCUACUUGCGUUAAAGGGUAUCUUGAAUAACGCUGAUGCCUUUCUUUUCAUGCAUCGCGAUGAAAUAGUGCAGGGUUAUUCAUCGUAGUCAUGGCAAUAGGUCACCAAAAUAAAGAGUUUACAGAUGUAGCACAACUGCGGAAUAUCGAAAAAAAUGUCUUAAUAUUUUAGAUUUUACGGAUAAUUUAGAAACGAUUCGUUUUAAAUGGUUCGAGAUAAAAUAGUGCAUUGCCAUCCACUGUGUUUAUCAUUAUAGCUGGAUUCAUACUUUAAACGCAUAUGUAAUUCAAUUGCGACAUUUUGAACGUAACGUCCAAAAAUAUAUAAUGAAACGUACGUUUUUGGUGGAGGAUUCUUAUUUAAGACAUUUUAACGUCAAGACAUGGGACCUAUGGCCUUGAUAAAGGAUUUCUUAUCAAAAACAUUUUGGUAUCAUUUACAGAAUCGGUUACGUGUUUAUAUUAUGUGUAGUGACAGAGAGUUAUUCCCCUUUAUCCGUUACCCUUACGUUUGUUAGUUUCAUCAUUUUGAAAAUAAAUGUAAUAACAUUUA